AUGUUGUUCAAGAGAGACUAUUAUUACGUGGUAGUGGGCUUGAUUUGUCUCGCUCAACCAUCCUUUCAACAAUCCACCGCCUGUGCUUCAUCUUUCUCACAAUGUGGCGGUAUUGGGUAUAAAGGAGCAACGUGUUGUCCUGCAGGAUGGUCGUGCCAGACGCAGAAUUCAUACUAUGCCCAAUGUCUCAGUGGCACCCCAGCAACUAGUACCGGUACGGGAACGAGUUCUGUACCAGUAAUAACAUCCUCGGCGCCGACUACCAGGACAACACCUUACCGUACAUCAACGACCUUCCUGACUGGCACGGCCUUAGCAAGUCAUACGCAAGUACCCUACACCAGUCUCGAAUGCAAUAACGCGGACUGUGGCUCUGGGACUAUAUACCCCGAUAUAACCGCUGUGAAUGACAGUAUGCCCUGGCACUAUAGUCGUUCUACCCAUUUUGGCGAAACCCCAGCAGGAGCCUGUGGAUUUGGCCUAUACGGCAUGUGCACGACUGCCAGCGUCUCGGGAAUUGACCUGGGCGAUGACUGUGCAAAGUUCUGCGCUAUGUACCCCGAUCUAUGCACUGACCCAGCCAAUUAUACACUUAGAGGCAAUUUCGCGGCGCCAAAUGGCAAUUACUAUACACAAUUCUGGCCCAUGUUGCCAUCCCUGGACACCAGUGCAGAGCAAGACAACUAUCUCUCCUGCGGCGAGUGCUUCGAGUUGGUGCGCACCCAUCCCAACGGCACCCUUUAUGCCACGAAUGAUGCUGGCUACUCACCGCCGAUUAUCCUUGAGAUUGUCGAUAGCUGUCCAUGUUCGGCGAAUACUAAAUGGUGUUGCGGCCCCGGUGUCGAUCAAUGCCAGGAAGUUUCUAAUUUUACAUACGGCUGCCCGCUUCCUGACGGUUCAAUUCACCUGGACCUGUCCGACGUGGCUAUGACACGAGCACAGGCUGGUACAUUAGUCGAGGGCGUGAUCCCGACGCAGUACAAGCGUGUACCGUGUCCCAAGGCGGGCAACGUAUACUUGUGGCUCCGGGGUAGUGCAGGGCCUUAUUUUUUCCAGAUUACAGCUGUCAAUGCCGGUGGAUUGGGUUCGAUCGUAGGCUUCGAGAUACGUCCUGAUGGGCAAUCGAACUGGUUGGCUCUUGUCCAGGAGGCCGAUUACCCAGUGGGUCAUCCACAGGAGCGAUACGGUGCCUGGACGUUGCCAGCUAAUGCUGGUCCCAUUAAUCUACCAAUGGGGGUACGACUGACCAGUGCGACUGGAGAGCAGAUUGUUAAUGAGGCGGUUAUCACGAAUUGGACAGCGCCUGCGACGGCAAUCGCAGGAUAUUGGUAUAUUGACUUGGGAAUCAACUUUAAGUCGCUCUAA